AUGAAAAAAAAAUAUGAUAAAAGUAGUAAAAUAUAUAAAAGCCAUAAAUCAAAAAUAAAAAAUUAUGACGAAAAAAAAAAGAGAAAAUAUAAAUGUACAAAAUAUGAUGAUGGUGCAUCAAACAAAUUAUAUAAGGAAACAAAAUCAAAUAAAAAAAUAAGCAAUAAUUACAAUACCAAUUUAUUGGUAAAUAACAAAAACAAAUCUAACAAGAAUUCACAGGUUUCUUAUAAUUCUUACGAUUAUUUUAAUAAUAAUGUUUCAGAAUAUGAUUUAUCAUCAAAUUACAUUGUUGAAGAAAAACUGAAAUAUGAAAAAGAGGUUUUUGAAAGAGCAUAUGGAUUGUCACUAGAUGAUAUUUGCUAUGAUAAUUCUUUAUUCAAAAAAGAAAAUGGAAAUAUAAAUAAUAAUAAAAAAAAAAAUGAAGAGAGUAAAAAAUACUAUGAAUGCUUUAGUUGUAAAACAAAAAAUUAUUAUUCAAAUGUUCAAUGCUAUAAAUGUAAAAAGUUAAGAAAAUUAUAA